AUGGAUAUACGUUUCCCUUUCUCGCCGGCGGAGGUCUCCAAAAUCCGCAUGGUUCAGUUUGGAAUACUCAGUCCCGAUGAGAUCAGGCAAAUGGCUGUGGUGCAAAUAGAGCACGGCGAAACGACUGAGAGAGGAAAGCCGAAAGUUGCAGGAUUGAGUGAUCCUCGACUUGGAACUAUUGAUAGGAAAAUGAAGUGUGAAACUUGUACUGCUAGUAUGGCUGAAUGCCCCGGUCAUUUUGGUUACUUGGAGCUUGCCAAGCCUAUGUUUCAUAUUGGGUUUUUGAAGACUGUUCUCAGUAUAAUGCGCUGUGUUUGCUUUAACUGCUCUAAAAUUCUCGCUGAUGAGCAAGAUCAUAAGUUUAAGCAAGCUUUGAGGAUCAAGAAUCCAAAAAAUAGGCUGAGAAAGAUUUUGGAUGCUUGUAAAAACAAAACCAAGUGUGAAGGAGGUGAUGACCUCGACCUUCCUGGUCAAGAUACCGAGGAGCCAGUUAAAAAGAGUCGCGGUGGCUGUGGUGCUCAGCAACCAAAGAUCACUAUUGAGGGAAUGAAAAUUAAUGCAGAGUAUAAAGCUCAAAGGAAGAAAAGUGAUGAUCAGGAUCAGCUUCCUGAACCUGUAGAAAGGAAACAGACUCUUUCCGCCGAAAGGGUUCUGAGUGUUCUGAAAAGGAUAAGUGAUGAGGACUGCCAGUUGUUAGGCUUGAAUCCUAAGUAUGCCCGUCCUGACUGGUUGAUUUUACAAGUUCUUCCAAUUCCUCCUCCACCUGUGAGACCUUCAGUAAUGAUGGACACAUCCUCCAGAAGUGAGGAUGAUUUAACUCAUCAGCUGGCCAUGAUCAUCAGGCACAAUGAAAAUCUUAAGAGACAGGAGAGGAACGGUUCUCCUGCACAUAUUAUAUCCGAGUUUGCUCAGUUGUUACAGUUUCACAUAGCCACGUAUUUUGAUAAUGAGUUGCCUGGAUUGCCAAGGGCUACUCAAAGAUCAGGAAGGCCCAUCAAAUCAAUAUGCAGCAGGCUUAAAGCGAAAGAAGGACGUAUUAGAGGCAACUUGAUGGGAAAAAGAGUUGAUUUUUCUGCUCGAACAGUAAUCACACCAGAUCCAACCAUCAAUAUUGAUCAAUUGGGAGUGCCAUGGACUAUUGCUCUUAAUCUUACAUACCCCGAGACUGUUACUCCUUACAACAUUGAAAGAUUGAAGGAACUUGUCGAGUAUGGACCCCAUCCUCCACCUGGAAAAACUGGUGCUAAGUAUAUCAUUCGUGAUGAUGGACAAAGGCUUGAUCUCAGAUAUUUGAAGAAAAGUAGUGACCACCAUUUGGAGCUUGGAUACAAAGUGGAGCGUCAUUUGAAUGAUGGAGACUUUGUUCUCUUCAAUCGUCAGCCUAGUCUUCAUAAGAUGUCUAUCAUGGGGCACCGAAUCAAAAUCAUGCCUUAUUCUACUUUUCGGCUUAACUUGUCUGUUACCUCACCAUACAAUGCUGAUUUUGAUGGUGAUGAAAUGAAUAUGCAUGUUCCUCAAUCAUUUGAAACCAGAGCUGAGGUGUUGGAGCUGAUGAUGGUGCCUAAAUGCAUUGUGUCACCUCAGGCAAACAGGCCAGUAAUGGGAAUUGUCCAAGACUCACUUUUAGGGUGCAGGAAAAUCACUAAAAGAGAUACAUUCAUUUCAAAGGAUGUUUUUAUGAAUAUAUUGAUGUGGUGGGAAGAUUUUGAUGGGAAAGUUCCUGCUCCUACGAUAUUGAAACCAGAACCACUGUGGACUGGGAAACAAGUUUUCAAUCUGAUUAUUCCUAAGCAGAUAAAUCUUAUUAGAUAUUCUAGCUGGCACAAUGAGUCAGAAAGGGGACCUAUAACCCCUGGAGAUACGAUGGUCCGAAUUGAAAAGGGGGAACUUCUUACUGGUACUCUUUGCAAAAAGACACUAGGAACAGGCACUGGAAGUCUCAUUCAUGUUGUUUGGGAAGAGGUUGGCCCUGAUGCAGCUCGCAAAUUUCUUGGCCAUACUCAGUGGCUUGUAAAUUACUGGCUUUUACAGAAUGCUUUUAGCAUUGGAAUUGGUGAUACAAUUGCUGAUGCUUCGACCAUGGAGACUAUUAAUCAGACUAUUUCACAGGCUAAGGAUAAAGUGAAACAACUCAUCCGGGAAGCUCAGGAAAAGAAAUUGGAGGCUGAACCUGGUCGGACAAUGAUGGAUUCAUUUGAAAAUAGAGUUAACCAGACUUUGAAUAAAGCUCGUGAUGAUGCUGGAAAUAGUGCCCAAAAAAGUUUAUCUGAGAGCAAUAAUCUGAAAGCUAUGGUCACAGCUGGUUCCAAGGGAAGUUUCAUCAACAUAUCUCAGAUGACUGCUUGUGUGGGCCAACAGAAUGUUGAGGGUAAACGAAUUCCAUUUGGGUUCAUAGACCGAACAUUGCCCCACUUCACAAAAGAUGAUUAUGGGCCUGAAAGUCGUGGGUUUGUGGAGAACUCAUAUCUCCGUGGACUGACCCCUCAAGAGUUCUUUUUUCAUGCCAUGGGAGGUAGGGAAGGUCUUAUUGAUACUGCAGUCAAGACAUCAGAAACUGGGUACAUUCAGAGGCGGCUUGUAAAGGCUAUGGAAGACAUCAUGGUUAAAUAUGAUGGGACAGUUAGGAAUUCUUUGGGAGAUGUCAUACAGUUUCUCUAUGGCGAGGAUGGUAUGGAUGCUGUUUGGAUAGAAACACAGAAGCUGGAUUCAUUGAAAAUGAAAAAAACAGAUUUUGAUAGGGCUUUUAGGUAUGAAUUUGAUGAUGAAAACUGGAAGCCUACUUACAUGCUUGAAGAGCCUGUAGAAGACUUGAAAACAAUUAGAGAGUUUCGUAAUGUGUUUGAGGCGGAAGUUCAAAAGCUUGAUGCCGAUAGGUUUCAACUUGCAACUGAGAUUGCCACUACUGGUGACAGUUCUCUGCCACUACCUGUCAAUCUUAAGAGGCUUAUCUGGAAUGCUCAGAAGACAUUUAAGGUUGACUUUCGAAGACCUUCUGAUAUGCAUCCAAUGGAAAUAGUGGAAGCUAUUGAUAAGCUCCAGGAGCGACUUAGAGUAGUUCCUGGGGAUGACCUUUUAAGUCAAGAAGCUCAGAAAAAUGCCACUCUCCUGUUCAAUAUUCUGCUUCGUAGCACUUUUGCCAGUAAAAGGGUCCUGGAGGAGUACAGGCUUUCUCGUGAGGCAUUUGAAUGGGUAGUAGGGGAAAUAGAAUCAAGGUUCCUGCAAUCACUUGUGGCCUCUGGGGAAAUGAUUGGUUGUGUGGCAGCACAAUCAAUCGGUGAACCUGCUACUCAGAUGACUCUCAACACUUUCCAUUAUGCUGGUGUCAGUGCUAAGAAUGUUACUCUUGGUGUUCCUAGGUUAAGGGAAAUUAUUAACGUUGCCAAGAGAAUUAAGACACCUUCUCUAUCUGUGUAUUUGAAACCUGAGGUUUGUAAGACUAAAGAGAGAGCCAAGAAUGUGCAGUGUGCUUUAGAAUAUACCACUCUACGAAGUGUGACUCAAGCCACAGAGGUGUGGUAUGAUCCAGACCCCAUGGGUACAAUCAUAGAAGAGGAUGUUGAUUUUGUAAGGUCUUACUACGAAAUGCCCGACGAAGAAGUUGCUCUUGAUAAAAUAUCACCUUGGUUACUUCGUAUAGAACUGAAUCGUGAAAUGAUGGUGGAUAAGAAGUUGAGUAUGGCUGAUAUUGCUGAGAAGAUCAAUCGUGAAUUUGAAGAUGAUUUAACAUGCAUAUUUAAUGAUGACAAUGCUGAAAAACUUAUACUUCGAAUCCGUAUUAUGAAUGAUGAAGCACCCAAGGGAGACAUUCAAGAUGAAUCAGCUGAAGAUGAUGUUUUCUUGAAAAAGAUAGAGAGCAACAUGCUCACUGAAAUGACCUUGCGUGGUAUUGCAGAUAUCAACAAAGUUUUUAUUAAAAAUACAAAAAUUCAGAAGUUUGAUGAGAAUGAAGGUUUUAAGCCUCACGAGGAAUGGAUGCUUGAUACCGAAGGUGUCAACCUUUUAGCUGUUAUGUGCCAUGAAGAUGUUGAUGCGACAAGGACCACAAGCAACCACUUGAUUGAAGUUAUUGAAGUUCUUGGUAUUGAGGCAGUUCGACGGUCUCUGCUGGAUGAAUUGCGUGUUGUCAUUUCAUUUGACGGGUCUUACGUCAAUUACAGGCAUCUGGCUAUUCUUUGUGAUACCAUGACAUAUAGAGGGCAUUUGAUGGCAAUUACACGUCAUGGUAUCAACAGGAAUGAAACUGGCCCAAUGAUGAGGUGCUCGUUUGAAGAGACUGUUGAUAUUCUCCUUGAUGCUGCGGUAUAUGCUGAGACCGAUUACUUGAGGGGUGUAACUGAAAAUAUUAUGUUAGGUCAACUAGCCCCCAUAGGCACUGGUGAAUGUGCCCUGUUACUUAAUGACGAGAUGCUAAAGAAUGCUAUUGAACUCCAGCUACCUAGUUAUAUGGAAGGUCUUGAUUUUGGCAUGACACCUGGUCGUUCCCCAAUAUCUGCUACUCCAUAUCAUGAAGGCUUGAUGUCUCCAAGUUAUCUGCUGAGCCCAAAUCUCCGGCUGUCUCCUACUAACGAUGCACAGUUUUCACCAUAUGUUGGUGGGAUGGCAUUUUCUCCUACCUCAUCUCCUGGUUACAGUCCAUCAUCACCAGGCUAUAGUCCAUCAUCACCUGGAUACAGCCCUACUUCACCAGGGUACAGCCCCACAUCACCUGGGUACAGCCCCACGUCACCUGGGUACAGCCCUACCUCUCCAACAUACAGCCCUAGCUCUCCUGGAUAUAGUCCUACGAGCCCAGCUUAUUCACCUACAAGUCCAUCCUACUCUCCUACAUCACCCAGCUACAGCCCUACGUCGCCCAGCUACAGCCCCACUUCUCCCAGCUACAGCCCUACAUCUCCUAGCUACAGUCCCACUUCACCUGCAUACAGUCCAACUUCACCAGCAUACAGCCCCACUUCACCUGCAUACAGUCCUACUUCUCCAUCAUAUAGUCCAACAUCACCUUCCUAUAGUCCAACUUCUCCUUCCUACAGCCCCACGUCACCCUCUUACAGCCCAACAUCUCCAUCAUAUAGUCCUACAUCACCUGCUUACAGUCCCACCUCUCCUGGGUACAGCCCCACAUCACCUUCUUACAGCCCAACAUCGCCAUCUUAUAGUCCUACUUCCCCAAGUUACAAUCCACAGUCUGCAAAGUAUAGUCCUUCAUUGGCAUAUUCUCCUAGCAGUCCAAGAUUGUCUCCAUCAAGUCCAUACAGUCCUACAUCUCCAAGUUACAGCCCAACAUCUCCAUCAUAUUCACCAACAUCUCCUUCAUACUCACCAUCGAGCCCAACAUACAGUCCCAGCAGCCCAUAUCAUUCUGGUACGAGCCCAGACUAUAGCCCAAGUUCGCCGCAGUUUAGUCCCAGCACUGGUUAUUCACCAAGCCAACCUGGUUACUCACCAUCAUCUACCAGCCAGUACACUCCGCAGACGAAUGACAAGGAUGAUAGAGGCGCCCAAUGA